AUAUUUAUUUGAGAGAAUGAUAUUUAGAUGCAUGGUGUUUUCGUAUCCACCGAGCAACUCAAAGGCAUUUUAUUUUAUUCAGUGUAUUGAUUGUGGUGGAGUACUAAGCCGUUUUAAUUUAAGUUAAGCAAUGUGUAGGCAAUGUCUAGAUUCUAAUCCCUUGGGAAAGGGGAAAAAAGCACUGAUUGAUGUUAAUGCUUUCUGUUUUACUGCAGCCACUAUACUUCUUCUAGUGGCGUUCUUUAAGAAGUUGAAUAUCUAUUACCAUCAAAAAACCUGAAGAGAGAGAGAGAGAGAGUUUCAUCUACUUAAUGGAGUUUUCAGCUUCUUUCUGCACACUGUAACUUAUUUGGUCUAUUCUAGACUGUUCAACCGAAGAGCAGCCACUUUCCGUCAUAAAGCUUUAAUGGCAAAACUUAAAGCAGCAUGCCAUUUCCAUCUUCUUCUGUUCUUGUUUUUGCUCUCUUUUCAUCUUUCUACUCAGCUUCCACCUUCUCAAUCCCAAUCCCUUUUGCAAAUCCUGCAACUUUUAAACUACCCUCAAGCUCUAACCAGCUUUGACAAUGUCACAGACUUUUGUGACAUUGAAUCCACACCAUCUCUUACAAUAGUGUGCUAUGAGGAUGAUAUAACCCAGCUCCACAUUGUUGGUGAUGUUGUUGGGCGCCCCACAUUUCCAGAAAAUACUUCGAUUGAUCUCUUGUUUUCCACAUUUUCCCAGUUUCUCAACUUGAAGGUUCUUUCUCUGGUUUCUCUGGGUCUUGAGGGUCCAUUGCCUCCAACUGUUGGUGACAUUUUUUCUCUUGAAAUACUCAACUUAAGCUUAAAUUCCCUACAUGGCUCCAUCCCGGAGGUACUUUCUUCUUUGAAAAGCCUACAGUGUAUCAAUCUUGACGGCAACUGUUUCAGUGGUAACAUUCCUAGUUGGAUUGGUUCCCUACCAGUCUUGACUACUCUGAGUUUACAGAACAAUUCUUUUAAUGGGUCCUUGCCAGAUUCCAUUACGCAUAUGUGGAGUCUUCGAAUUCUCACUCUCUCAAGAAAUUCUCUUUCUGGGAACGUCCCAGACCUCACCAAUUUAACGAACUUGCAAGUUCUUGAGUUGGGAGACAAUCUUCUGGGACCCCAGUUUCCUAAAUUACCAAAGAGGUUGAGUAUACUUGUUCUAAAAAACAACACAUUUCGCUCGGGUAUCCCAGCUGAGUUAGGCUUCUUGUAUCACCUUGAAAAGGUGGACAUAUCUUCUAAUAAACUUGUUGGGCCGUUUCUGGCAUCGCUUUUGGCACUUCCUUCGAUCAAGUAUCUGAAUAUUGGGGGAAACAGAUUAACUGGGCUGCUUUUACAGAACACAUCUUGCAAUAGUGAUCUUACUUUUGCCAAUCUAUCCUCGAAUCUCUUGAUAGGAGACUUGCCCGCCUGUCUUCAGCAAUUGGAGUCCAAGAACGGUGAUAUCAUUUAUGCUGGAAAUUGCUUGUCAAAUCAAGACCAAAAACAGCACCCUUUAAAGUUCUGUCACAAUGAAGCUUUGGCAGUGAGUAUUAGGCCUCAUAAUCGGGAGCAUAGGCAACCUCCUCGCGGGGUAAUGACUUUCUUAAGAAUUUUAGGAGGAAGUGUUGCUGGAAUUAUAGUUUUUGCUCUGAUGUUCUUGACGAUGAGAAGGACAUACAAAAUGGGUGUUGUUAAAGAACCUUCAACAAGGUUUAUAACAGAAAAUUCAUCCGUAACAGAUACGGCCAAGCAGCUGUAUGAUGCCAAGCAUAUAUCUCAGACAAUGAAGCUGGGAACUAGUCUUCCUCCUUAUCGAACUUUCAGUUUGGAUGAACUUAAAGAGGCUACCAACAACUUCGAUGCUUCGACUUUGAUAAGCGAAAGUCCGGAUGGCCAGAUAUUCAAAGGAGUGUUUACAGAUGGCAGUGUGGUGACGAUUAGGAGUUUAGCUUUGAGAAGGCGGCAAACCCCUCAAACCUUCACGCAUAAGUUGGAGUUGAUAUCUAAACUGCGACAUACUCAUUUGAUCAGUGCUCUUGGACACUGCUAUGAGUUCCUUCCAGACGGUUUAACCAUCAGCAGGGUAUUCCUUAUAUUCGAGUACUAUCAAUAUGGGACACUAAGAAGCCAUGUAUCAGGGCUACAAGGGCAAAAGCUUUCUUGGACGAAAAGAAUAUCGGCUGCUAUCGAAACGGUGAAGGGAGUUCAGUUCCUACACACAGGAAUUGUGCCUGGUGUAUGCUCAAACAGUUUGAAGAUUACAGAUAUUUUGCUAGAUCAAGAUCUCCAUGUGAAGAUCAGUUGUUACAAUUUGCCUAUUGUUGUUGAACAUGGUGGAAUGAUGACUUCAGGUGUUUCAUCCACUGGUACUAAAGGGAAGCGCCAAGCAAUGGGAGUAAAUCACAGAGAUAAAAAUGAUGUCUAUGACAUAGGAGCGAUUUUACUGGAAAUCAUUCUGGGAAGACAAAUCACAUCCCAAAACGAAGUUCAUGUUUCAAGAGAUCUUUUGCAGGUAAGCCUAAAAACAGACGAGAUAGCUCGAAAGAGCAUCGCGGAUCCAGCAAUACGCAAGGGAUGCUCGGACGAUUCGCUUAAGACGAUGAUGGAAAUAUGCCUAAGAUGCCUCCAUGAGAAGCCAGCAGAUAGACCUUCAGUAGAAGAUAUUCUUUGGAAUUUGCAUUUUGCAGGACAAGUUCAGGGUUCAAGCAGAGACCAGAAUCAGAUCAGCCAAGAUCCACCAACCCCAGAAAUGCCUUAAAAGGAAAAUGGUACUUAUAUCCAACUCAUUUCAUGAACUUGUAAAGCAUCUUAUGAAUUUUAUUUCUCAAGUGCCAAUAUGCAAUUUCACAUUAUAUUAUCAU